GCAAUGCAUUUUGAAAGAAGUCACAGAAUCUCUGGGUCAGGAAUCAGCCAAAAUGACCAGUGGAAUGCUCCUUUUCUGGAUGGUUAUUGAGCUCUGUCUGACCCAAGCCAUUUCAAAAACUGUGACAGGGUUUUUGGGUCACUCUGUACAGUUGCCUUGUUUCUACAGUGUUACAGAUAGACAGAAUCAUGUGAUGUGCUGGGGAAAAGAUAAAUGUCCCAAUAACAAAUGCAAUGGAGAAAUUGUCAGGACUGAUGGAAGACGAAUGACAUGGUCAAAAUCUUCAAAAUAUCAACUUCAAGGAAAUAUUGGGAGAGGUGAUGUGACCCUGACAAUCAAAAACACAAAUAUCGGUGAUAGUGGCACAUAUUGCUGCCGGAUAGAGGUGCCUGGGUGGUUUAAUGAUAUCAAAAAGGAAAUAGUUCUGCGGCUAGAGAAAGGUCCAACCACAACUACUCACCGGACUACAACUACUCAUCUGACUACAACUCAGCCAGCUACAACUACUCAUCUGACUACAACUCAGCCAGCUACAACUACUCAGUUGACUACAGCUCAGCCAGCUACAGCUACUCAGUUGACUACAACUCAGCCGGCUACAGCUACUCAGUUGGCUACAACUCCUCUUCCUGAUAUAACUGUUCAUCCGGCUACAACAACUUGUCCGCCUACAACAGCCACAACAGCUCUCCAAAUAACCACUUCAUUUAUUCCUAACCUAACGACUAUAAUGACACACCAGUUGACUUCAGUCACUCUGAAAUCAACAACAGCAACUCUUCCUCUAAAAUCUACUUCAAAUCAAGUUAUAACUCCAACAUCGAGCCCUCUCCCAUUGACAGAAGUUGCUCCUGGGACUACAGAAACAAGUUUUCAGCAAAAUGAUUCUGAAUUUGAAAAGGUAACAGCUUUUGGAGAUCCUGAACUGCUGAUGAUCAUUGUUCCAUUGGUGGGGUUUGUUAUCCUCCUGAUGCUACUGGCUUUUAUUUUGAGAGGUAAAAUCAUAAGAAAGAAUUAUUCAGAUGCACACAAAAGGAUAAAUAAUGCUGGAGAAGUUAACAAUACUCUUAGCACCCCACCUGGUAGGACAGAAGAAGAUGAAGAAGGACUUUUCACCCUCUAAUAGCUUUCAUUUGGAGAAAUAUGAAUGUACAUAUGUGAUAUAUAUAUGUCUGGUAAUAAAUUGAUUUAAGUACACUUUAAAAAACAUACCAGAAUUAAGUGAAUAUCAGUUAUUUCAAAGUAUACUUAUCCUUCCAGUAUUUCUACUUUCUCAUAACAUUUCAAGAACAGGUUAUAAGAAAAUGAUUUUUAAAGACUUAUGUAUGUUAUUUGGUCUGGGAGGGGUAGAACAUGAGCUCCCUAUAUCUGAAGAUCUACACUCAUUUAUUCUUUGGAAACAUGAAGUAUCUGCUGUAAGGAGAAAGUAGUUGUAGUAAAUGACUUUAUAUAAGGCUGUAAAGUUUGUAAAAUGCUUUAUACCCAUUAUCUCAUUUAAGUUUUAUGAUGUAGUAGAAAAUGAAGAGCACUGCAUUUGUAGUCAGAGGCCUAGACUUUAAAUUCUACUUGUUACCUGUUAAUAGUCAAACUAUUUUGUGAGCAUGGACAUGACCCUUCAUCUCACUGGGACUCGGUUUCCUCAUUUGUGAAAUAAGUGGCUUGAAUUAGAUGACCUUGUAGGUUCUUGUUUUCAUUCUAUGAUCUAUGAAUGUGCUAAGGUAGAUCCCACAAGUAUUAUUAUUCAUUUGAGAUGAGGAAGAUGAUACUCAUGAAGGAGAGAGAAUUUCAGAAGGAGAAAUUGGAUGAUAAAACUGAACUACACAUUGUGGGGUCAGUUUGUUAAAAAGAAGUGAUCAACAAAUGUUUAUUAUUACUAUGUGCUAGGAAUUGUAUUAAGCUCUGGAGAUUCAAAGACAAGCAGAAAGCUCAUUCUUGCUCAGGGAGUUUAUAUUCAGUUAGGGGAAAAUGACAUCUAAAGAAAGCUGAAAAGAAUGGUAAAGGGAAAGAAGAUAGCCACUUGGGGGCAUGAUGGAAAAUGUCCAGAAUGUCAGGAUGUAGAUUAAAAGGGUGAGGGGAAGAAGCUGAUUGUAGCCUUUGGUUCAGUUUGAGGAAGUUCUUGACCUCUAGGGGCUGUGUCCAGGGACCCCCCUGGAAAAAAACAUUUUAAUAAGAAGACAGGUCUAGAAAUCUAGGGCCAGAUAUAUGUUUCUGACUUUCACAAGGAUUUGUGAUACAAAAUCCACAAAGAAAUCAUUGAUUUUAACUUUGGACAGUUCAAUUUGCUCUCUGAGACUCAGUCUCCUCAUCUAUUAAAUGAGAGGAUUGAAUGAAAUUCACUGUCCAUUUCAAGUGCCUACUUUUCAGGUCACAGUGCUGGGCAGUGAACAUACAAAGACAAAAUUAUGUCCUUUCUUUCAAGGAGCAUAUAUUUUAACAGAAUUAUCUCUAAAUUUCCUUCUGCUCCAAAUUUGAUAAUCCUGCAAUCGUUUACAUAGACAACAUGCUUCUUCCUGAUUAUAUAGCUCAGAGAAAGUCUCUUCAUUUCUCUGGACCUUAAUUUCUUAUUCAUAAAACGAAGGGGAUAGUGUAGAUGGUCUCUAAGUUCCUAAGGGGCUUACAUUUUUAAAAAUAAUUUUUGUUUAGAAAUUGUCCUUAGAAUAUGAAGCACAGGACCUUAGAACUGGAAGCACACUGUUAUGUAAUUUUACCAGUGGAAAUCUUUUACCUUUAAAUGGCAAUUUGAUUUUUGGAAAGAGCUCAAAUUCUAAGCUACAUCUGGUGAAUGAGGUGAAUAAUCAAACUGGGGAAUACCUUUUUUUGUUAUAACAUGAGGCAGGUCUAUAAAAUAAAUAACUUGAUUUUGUAGUGUGUUUGUAAGCUAGAAUGGAAAGUGAAAAAAGGAAAGCAAUGGUUGGACAAAGAGAGACAGUCAUUUGGGAAUGGAAGAUAAUAAAUGUUUUUUUUCUUUUUUUCCUUUUCUAACUCACAAAGGUUAGGAAAGAAAAACAUAUGCCAAAGGAAAUAAUAAAGUUGCCUAAGGCUCAGAAUUAGAGAUUUUUAGACAAAUUGCUGAGAAGAUACUAAUAGGAAACUUCUCUGACAUCAAUGGCAUGAAGCAAUGGGAGAAGCCUGAGUACUGUUAUGAAUUAAUUGCUUAGUAAGAAUGAAGAGAGACAAAGCUAGGAAACUUAACUUUAAUUAUGCCAUAGUAAACAAAUGGCUGACAAUAGCAUCCAAUUUCCAGGUUGCUUAAACCUUAGCAUAUGUGCAUCCUGAAGGCUAGGGCUGAACCAAACAAAUUGGGUUUUGCUAGCUUAAAGAAGAUAGCAUAUAAACCCUGCUCCACAAUAAGGGCUCACUGCAAGGAUUGUUUUUGAGAAAUAAACUUGAAGUUCAAAAAAUACCUAGACAGACAGAACUGGUCCAAGUACAAUUGAGAAAGGAGUAUGAGGUAGCCUGGUCUUGGUUAGCAUUUCCUAAAGAAGAGUUUCAAAAGCACUUUGAAUAACUCCAUCUUGGAAUAAGUGUGUGGUUGCUUGAGGUGACUACUUUGAAAGAUGUAUUUCAUUUGGAUAUAUAAUUUCUGCCACAGUUUUAAAAAUAAAUUAUUGAUAACUUUUAUUAAAUUUCCCCUUAACUCCCAGAGAACUGUCCUAUACACCAAAAAAAAAAAAAAAAAA